GUAAUUGGGUAUGAAACGACCGACGUUGGACGUCCGCCGUCCGAGCUCUUCAAAGGGACGUCGCGGCGCCGAAUCGCGGCGUCGCCACUGGCAACGAGGGGUCGUGGUGGUGGGGGUGGUAUAUGUGAAGUGCGUCCAGCUGUCAGUUUCCGUCAGUUCUCGCGUUAUUCUGUGAUCGAGAGCAAGCUGAGAUUUUUGAUCGAUGGUAACGCGCGUCCAGUGCGUCUGUCGGUGGUCCACACAGAGUAAAACGGUGUUGAAUUUUGCGAAAUCGUAAGUUUGACGUUGCGUCUGUAUUAAUUGCCGGUGUUUGGAGUUGUUCCCUGUCCCCUUGGAUUUGUUCCGGAACGAUAAGUACGCCAAAGAACCAGAGUUGAAAACUUUAGAGGCCCCCGUGUGAUGUGGGACUGCGCAUCGUCCGUCGAGCCGUUCGGGCCAGUGGCGUCCGUCGGCAGGCAAUGCGAGAGUUAGGGGGCCUAGAUCGCCUCCUCAAACUCACCGAAAACGAACACCCCUUUCUACAUGUGCACCGGUUGCUCGAAUCGCACGAGCUGGAGAAGAGGAUUCCUCUCACAGCGCCACAUAACCACCGGGCAGAGCUGGAGGAGUUGCAGGACCUGCUCCACUUCCCUGAAGAAGUUGCCCUACGACUGGCCGAUAUCGAGUAUCAGCUCUACUACCAGGUCCCUCCUAUCGACUAUCUUCGCCACGUGACCCUGGAACUUGGGGGAGAUACAGGAUCUUCCACAGAUAACCUUCCGGGCAACUCUUCGACUAGGUCCUCUGUCGUCACCCUAAUCAACAGAUUCAAUGAGGUGAGCUCCUGGGUGACCCAACUGAUCAUCUCCCAGCCUACGCACGAUGCCCGUCGAGCGGUCCUCUCCUGCGUACUGCGCGUGGCCCUAUCCUGCUGGAACAUCGCCAACUUCAACGGGGCCAUGGAGAUCAUCGCGGGACUCAGGUCGAACAAACUCAAACCGUUCUGGCUCUCCAUCACCGAGAAAGAGUCACUCCCGGUCCUGGAUUUCCUCUCGGCCGCCCUGAUGUCGGCGGAGUACGAUCGUGCCUUAAGCAGGGCCCUCGCGAUGGCCGAAUGCCCUGUGGUGCCGUUCUUCGGCGCGUUUCUUCGGGAACUCAGGGAGAUCCUUGAGGCACCCCCCAUGAUGGGACACUCGGGCGGCGAACAGUCCGACCAUCACCAUCACUCUUCCACCUCCUCCAACAAACCACCAAAGUCCGAGUCGCGAAGGGACCAAACGCAGCAUCAGAGGCAAGUGUUUAUUUCGGACUAUAACGGGGAAGAUCAUCACUUCACCAAGGUUGGACCAGGUGGUUUGAUAAAUCUCGAGAAGAUAUAUCGAACCCAAGCCGUCAUGGACCACAUUUCCCUUUGUCAUCAGCAUUAUCACACCAGAAAUCGACUUUCACCCAGUUGUAGUCUCAUCGAAUACCUCAAAUCUUCCACGCCAUCGGAAAAACGAAUACUUUCCGCAACGCCACCGCAAAAGGAUGAAAUGGACGCAGAAUACGAAUGUGAUAUGGACGAGUAUCAUCCAGUACAACCGCUAAUACACGACCACGGUGUUAGUUUCGUCUGUCUUUCGUCUCCGUUGACAAAGAUAGACCAACAUGUCAUACAGAUCCUCCACCACGGCAGCACCGUCGUGAUGUGGGAGGGGGUGGAAGGCCCGGCCGGCGCGCAGAGCAGCAACAGGGGCAGCAUGUACUUCCUCCGGCUGGAUCGGGCCUCUUCCACCCUCACCUGGGUCAGGCCGAGCUGGAGCGCCCUCAAAGCCGGCAACAUAUCAGAGAACGAUCCGUUCAACACCGACUUCAACCUCUCCUUCAACCCGGAGGAAACGCUGGCGUCCGGUCUGCUGACCAAACUUGCGUCGCAGGCGGCCCAAGAGCAGACCACGAACGUCGGCAGUACUCUGGAUGAGGGUUUCCUCGACUUGGUGUCCGUCAAGGAGCUCCAACUGGGAGGUAGAGACAGCGAGAAAGAACAGGAAUUGGCUGCAGUAGCUAGAAGAUAUGGAUUGGUUCACGAAGCUGGGAAUGAAUGUGCCCUGACCAUACUUUACGGAUGCAGCAUAAGCGAUAAUCGUUUGUUGUACAUUGUUUGUCCACCUGCUGUGUGUAGAAUAUGGUUCAGCGGCCUCUCGUGGUUGAUAAAGGGACUAUCCAGACAGUUGUCCCUCAGCGAUCGAAGGUUGAUAUGGCUGAAAGAUCAAUAUUUGCAGCUGUAUCACGAGGCUGGAUGCAUCUGUGGUCCCUUAGCAGCUGAUGCCAUCAGGUCCUUUGGUGGUAGAGACUGGUCACUGGCAGGGGCGGUCCAAUCUGCUGGUCAGACUGGAGAAACAGGAGCCCUGAGGAGAGAGGUCUCGAUGAAGAUAAAGAAGAAACAGCUGCUGAGCAACCAGACGUUCAAGGAUAAGAGCCUGCGCAGUCAGUUCGUAGAACCGGCAACGAUGUGCAUGGAGAGCAGCUAUUGGCGGAACAAUCACCAACAUCGCCAAUCCACCCCCACUACAUUCCCGGAUCACCAACACGACGUUGCCAGACACCACAGUCUCGGCCAACUGGCCUACACCACGUCCCAACCUAAAUUCGAGAGAGAUAGACACGGCUCAACCGAACUCCUGUGGCACGGUCGCCAUCCUCGGGUGGGUUCGAUCCUCUACGAUACCCAAUUAGACUUUGUAGAUUUCGUUCUGCUUUUUCGUUCGUUCAGUUUACUGAUAAGAAAAGAUCUGCGGGAUCUCUUCGAAAAAUUAGCAAUAUCUUAUCGAAGCAUGGCUGUGAAUAUAUCCGCUCAGAAGGUGAACGGUGUUAAGAAAGCUGACCAAAUAAAGAAACUCCAAAAAUUAGGUUUACUUACCCGAAACACAAAGGCUGAAUUAGAGGGGAUCGUCGUGAACUCCCAAAAAAAAGUUUUCGACGCCAUAGCCGCCGCGAGUAUCUUCACGAACUGCGCGGGCAUAGACACCAAUAAUUCGCAAGUGAUCACCCUGUCGACGUUCGCCAAAUUUCUGGAAACGAGACAGAUGGAGACUUACACGGAGACGCAAGUGAAGGCGUUGAUCAGAAAACACGAACCGGACGCGACCUUGAGAUCGUUAGACUGCCUGUCCUUCGAAGGUUUCGCCAGGUACUUGAUGGACAAGAGUAAUUAUGCCUUCAUCAACGAACAGGAAACGCCCAAAGAGAGCGAUAUGACGAGAUCGAUGUCAACCUACUACAUUGCGUCGUCUCACAAUACCUACCUUACAGGACAUCAACUGAAGGGAGAAUCGUCUGUGGAACUCUAUAGUCAGGUUUUACUGACCGGUUGCAGAUGCGUCGAGCUGGACUGCUGGGACGGAGAAGACGGUUUUCCCAUGAUCUAUCACGGACACACGUUCACCACCAAGAUACCCUUCAGCGCUGUGGUGGAGAGCAUAGAUCGCAACGCCUUCGUCAUGUCCAAAUACCCCGUCAUCUUGUCGAUAGAGAACCACUGCUCGAUGCAGCAACAGACGAGGAUGGCGCACAUAUUCCAGAGAAUCUUCGGAGAGAAGCUGGUGACGAAUUUCCUGUUCGACUCCGACUACAGCGACGAGCCUUCGCUGCCUUCGCCUGAACAGCUGAAAAAUAGGAUUUUGAUCAAGAACAAGAAACUGACGGUGGAAGUGACUGCGCACAUGAGCUUCUCGAACGCGUCGUCCACCCCAAUGAGACCUGGUUCUGGUUUGCGACAUUCAGUGCCUGGCCGUACGAGCUCGAUAAUUAGUAACACGAGCAGCAGUUCAUUUAAUGAUGAUUUCAGUGACGAUGAGUACGACGAUGAGGACGACGAAGAUAACGUUGAUGUUACAGAUAAACCUCUCACCAGCAUCAUAACCAACGAAACGACCAGACCGUACGGACUACCGCACGCAGUGGCCAAGACCAGCUCCACCAAGAGAAUGGCGCCCGAGGACAAAAUGAAGAAACGCGGCAGCCAAAUAUCCAAGGAACUAUCGGACCUCGUCGUCUACAUUCAGGCGAUAAAAUUCCGAGGCCUCAACACCAUAAGCCCGAGCAGCUCGGUGAAACAGCGUCCUCAGAAAGCGUGCCUAUCCAGUUCCGCCAGUUCCAUGACGACGGGCAGCAGCACCGCGUCCACCGUCAGCUCCACCGCGACCAACCUGAACGAGUCGGACUCCACCGUCUUCGAGGCGGAACCGAAACCGCCCAGAUCCAACACCAACGUACCCUGCUACCAGUGCUCCUCCAUCAACGAGAACACCACCAAGAAACUGUGCCGCAAACAACCCUUACAGCUGGUCGCCCACACCCAGACCCAACUGAUGCGCACCUACCCGGCGGGCAUGCGCAUCGACUCCUCCAACUUCAACCCCGUGAUAUUCUGGUCGUUCGGCAUCCAGAUGGCCGCGCUCAACUACCAGACGGACGACACGCCGAUGCAACUGAACGCGGCCAUGUUCGAAUCGAACGGCAGGUGCGGGUUCGCGAGCAAGCCGAGCGUGAUGUGGGACCGUUCGCACGUCAUGUACAGACGGUUCAACCCGUGGGACAAGCAGUUCGACGGUCUGCACUCGUCGCAGGUGGUCUUGCACGUCGUGUCCGGCCAGUACGUCAGCCAGACCAACGUGAACCUGAGCACGUACGUCGAGGUGGAGAUCAUCGGGAUACCGGUGGAUUGCAACAAGCACAAGACCAAGGUGGUGCACAAGAAUGCGCUGAACCCCAUCUGGAACGACACGUUUCAAUUUAGGGUGAUGUUCCAGGACUUGGCGUUUUUGCGUUUCACCGUCAUGGACGCCACCAACAAUCACCUAUUGGCGCAUAGGAUUCUACCGUUGAAGUGUCUGAGACCGGGGUAUAGGCAUCUGCGUUUGAGGUCCCCGCAGAACAAGUACCUGUACAUGUCCACCCUGUUCAUUUACUCCAGUUCCGAGGAGGAGAGUUUGGAGAAUACCAACAGCGACGUCUUGGACAGGGGCCAAGCGGAGAUCGAGAAACCUGCCGAGAAAUCCGACAACACCUACUUGGGGUUAUCCGGAACUCCGUUGUGCGUCAAGAGGAAGAUGUUCUUCCUCAUGGUGUACGGGGUGGUGGCGGAAGAACCCUACACCAUCCUGAAAAUCACCCAGGAAAGCUCGGUGCAAGACGUCCUCCUGCUCUGUCUACAAAAAGCCAAUAUCCAGGCGGAAAAGGUCCACGAUUACAUCCUGGUGGAGGAAGUGGCCAGGGGUUGGGAGAAAAAAGACCACAAUCUACCUUCCAGUCAACGAAUACUGGAUCUGGACGAACAUCCCCUCCAAGCCCAAUCCCAAUGGAAGGGGGAGGGAAGGUUCAUCCUGAAACGGAUGGGGAACGACCCCAGCAGUCGCGCGUGGUUGUCGUCCAUCAGGAGCGUGGCUAACCGCGAGAGGGAGGCCAGGAAAUCGGACGGGGCCCCCAGUAACGCCUGGGAGGAAAACGACACGUUCCUGGUGUGCAUAUACAACGUAUCCCCGGAAAUACCCUACGCCAUACUGAAGGUACCUUUAAACGCUUGCGCACAAGACGUCCUCGCCCAAGCCCUGGUCAAGGCCAGGCGUAUGGAGGACCCGAUGAAGUUCGUGAUCGUCGAAGAGUUGGAGUGGGGCGGAGCCAACCCCAACAUCCAACAACGCGCGCUCUCCGACCUGGAGAACGUCUACAACGCCCAGAGCCACUGGCAGACGCUCGGUAGGUUCAUAAUGCAGGAGAGGGCGAACGCGACGCCGACCUCCCUGAGGAAGAACCGGAUAACGUCGAGCCUGCGCCUGGCGACGUUGGACAGGAUCAGCAGGGGCCUCAGCGUGGCUCGGAACGUCGCCAGCGGUAGUAUAAAGGCGCCGGUGCAGGUGGCCCUCAGCGAUCCUACGGCGUCCAAGUGGCGGAACCACAAGGGCGACGAGUCGAGGAAGAACAACAUGCGGUCCAAGGUGCAUUCGGAGAAAGAGACUAACGCGACCGGCGGCACCCAAACGAAGACUCAGUGCCACAGAGAGGUGCAUUCCGAGGGCGAAACCUUGAGCGACGAGGAGGGCAAGGAGUCCGACCUGAUGUCGAGGUUCAAGAAAGUGUCGCUUAGGAAAUUCAAAGAGUGGAAAUCAUGAUUUUUGGAUUGACUCGAACGGUGUGCGAGUGCUAGAACCUACGGUCGUGUAGUUUUCGAGGUUAGAAAACUGUGCGGUUUGUUUUCGACGACGAGACGUUUAUCGAGGUCUGUGAAGACGUAAAAUUGUACAGUGGUCGUUCACACCUUGGCGAGUAACACUUUUGUAAAGAGGAAUUUUCUUUCCUGGAAGUAUUGAGGAGUUUCCUUGAUUUUUUCACCCGGUGGUUCAGAAAUUCUAUUAAAGUUCACACAAAGAAACGCAGGGUAUAAAUAAAUAGUUGCAAUUCACUCGUAAAAUCUAGCCGAUUUCGUAAAUAAUUAAUUUGACAACAGCAAAUGACAGUUAUUGUCACUGUCACUAAAUUGAUUCAGUCGGGAUCUAAUAUUGCUUAGUGACGAACCACCGGACGAAAAGUGUUUGCGGACGAAAACUACUUGCAUUUAAUUUUUUCGCAACUAUUCAUUUACACCCUGUACUAUAUGCAGUUCGAAAGACGAAGACAAGCGUUUUAUAAUCAGUGAUUCAAAGAAAUACUAGGCAGAAAACCAAAAAUGAAAAAGAAACAUACAAAAAAAUA